AUGAAGGAGGAUGGAUGCAGAAAUAUUUGUGAUUUGCGCUCCCCAUUAUAUUAUGAUGGGUUUUGUUAAUAUUAUCUAGGUAAGUAGUUUAAUUAAUAUUAUUUAGUUCUUUAUAUAGAUUACGGUUAUCUUGCAUCAGAAUUCACAAAUCCUAUAAAUUUGAGAUGGUAGUUAAUAUACGACCCACAACAUAUAGAUACAACUCCAACUAUUAUUAAUCACAUCCCAAGUAUAUUUGGGAUAUUUAAGUUUAAUUCUGGAAUUUAUAGAUAUUUCACUAAUGUACCUGAUUAUUAGUAUUCAACUUAUUUUAUUGGAUUGAAAAUUUCAAUUGUCCUUUUUAAUGAUAUUCCAAUUAAUUGUGGCAUAUAGUUUAAGAUUAACAAUAUAUAUUAUGGAUCUAUUUAUAGAAAUACUUCUGGAAUUCAAACGGCUAAAUUCACAAUAUUUAAAACAUAAGCUUAUGAUUUGUAUUUAACGUAUUCAUCGGUUACAAGUUAUGAAUUAAUCUCAUAUCUUGACAUUCCAAAAUAAGCAUUCCUAGUUUCAGCAAUAGGAAAUUAUACGUAAACAUCAUUUAUUAAAUUUAGCGAUGGCACAGCAGGAUGGGGAAUGGCAUUUAUAUAAAUUAGUUCAGGUUAUUGUCCUUUAUAUUGUUAAUUGUGUGAAGUACCAUUUAUAUGUAAGACCUGUGUUUCUGGAUACUAUUUUUAUAGAGAUGGUACCUGCAUAAGCGAUUGCUCAUCUCCAUAUUAGAGAUUAAACGGCUCUUAUUGCUAUGAUUAUGAUGAUGAAACACCUUGUAUCUUAUAAUAUUAUACAUAGAUUCUUAAUAUUUGAUNCCUAUUACCCUUGCUUGA